UUCAUAAACCCUAUCAGAUAGCUGUCUGAACGAAACUCAGAUUUUGUCGGGGGAACUCAGCAAAAGACUCAAACGAGCAAAGAAGUAUCGGGAGAAAAAGGAAAGUAGAACGUAAUUCGAAAUGGGGAUAGUAGCUGCGAUCGGAGUGUUAUUGCCAUUCCCUUUCUACUGGUGGCUAUGGACGAAUCCUCAGUCUUGGGUCAAUCUCUGCGGCCAAGGAAAAGACCCUUCCACGGUGAUGGCACGUGUGUCUCACGUCCUCAAGGCUGCUCAACUCCUCUCUCUCUUCUCCGUCGCCUCUCUCUCAUGGCCGCCUCCGCUUUACUUCUGGCCCGUCAUGGCCUUUGGCCAGUUUCUCAACUUCAGGGUAUAUCAACUGUUAGGUGAAGCUGGAACAUAUUACGGUGUACGAUUCGGGAAGAACAUACCUUGGGUUACAGAGUUCCCAUUUGGGGUCAUCAGAGAUCCACAGUAUGUUGGGAGUGUCAUGUCUCUGUUGGCUUGCCUCUCUUGGGUUCCGUUCCAGUACAUUUUCCUCUGGUGUCUCGGUUAUGUUUUCAUGAUGCUAGUCGAGUCAAAGGAGGAUCCCAGUGCUCGUGCCAAACCAAUCUCCUGAUGUCUUGGCAUUACACACUAGUUAAUAGAGUUUUAACUCCCACGAAAGUCAGGUCUACAUUUCUUGUUGUUUUGAUUGUUUCUGUUCUCAGCUUUGUACCCAAACUAAUUUUGUAGUUCCACGGACAAUGCAGCUAGACUUUAUACAUUUUUGUUGUCAAAAGUUAUUGGAACAAAAUAUAAGAUAUGUAAUAAACAUAAACCAGUAGUGAAAAUUUGUAAUAAACAAAACCUAAGUCUUUUGUCUGUGGACUCCCUAAGCAAUUAUUAAGCAAGAAUAAUACUUUAUAAGUUGUUUGCA